AUGGGCUGCCUUAUGGGAAAGGAGGAGAUGGCUGGCCAGCCGAUGCCAUAUGCCGCGAACUACAACUACCCCAACCAGGGGUACUGUGGCUAUCAGCAAGUCUAUGAGCAGCAGUAUAGACCGGGACAGGUCUGCCAGUCUAACAGAUACGAGAAUGCUCCGGGACAGCCCUUCUGCCAGGAUCGCUUCAGCUACAACCAACCGUCGCCGAGAUUCUACGCCAACUGCCGCCCCCCCACGGUCCCGGAGCCUGUGCAGUGCCGACCUGUGGCGGGAUAUGCUGAUCCUUAUGCCCAGCCUGGAUACACCCAGCCUGGCUACAGCCAGAUGGGCUAUGGCGCACCCACCUACGGUCAAGAUGUGCUGAAUCAGCAGAGUCAAGGAAUGAGCUCCGGCGCGAAGAUGGUUCGAGCUGGGGCUGUCUUCGCGGCCCACCACGCAGGCGACAUUGCUCAGUUUGCAGAGGGUGCGGCCCACCGCGCAGGCGACAUUGCUCAGUUUGCAGAGGGUGCGGCCGACCACGCAGGCGACAUUGCUCAGUUUGCAGAGGGUGCCUUCGACGAUGUUGGGCGCUUCGCAGGAGAUGCCGCGCAUGGUGUUGAAGAAUUCGUGGAGGAUUACUUUUAUUGA